AUGUCAUCGCCGGAUCCUCUCAACGAUUCGACGAUGGCAGAGCUCGCCUCAGUACCCCCCUCCUCCGUGGCUCGCCGUGUCACGCGAAGUCAGUCGUCGCAAAGGUUCCUAGCUCUCGGCAGUUCGCCUAGAAAACAAAUGUUUGAAUUGCAAGUUGGCGAUCGGAUGUCGCCACAGCGGCUGCUUGUCACGGUUGAGACGGAUGGACAGCAAGAGGAUAUCAGUAUUGGGAGCAAUGCCAAGCGCAAGUUGUUUCAAUCGCCUAUUUCCACGUUGUCAACACCUGCGCGGCGGCUAAGAGGACGAACCACCACAACAACUGUUCCUCUGCGGGAGUCAAUAGAAGAAGACGGCGAUGACGCGACAACCCCGAAAGCACGAGGCCGGCAACGAAAAUCGAAUGGAACCCCAAUGCCCAGCGCGGGCACGAAAAGGCGCGCAGGUACUCCUGUGAGGAGAACACCUAGGCGCCUGCGAACAUUAGCCAGCACAGAUGGCGAGGAGCCGUCUUCAGAGGCUAGUGAAGAGGCCAACGUGCAGACCACACCAACACCGCGACGACGCAAUUUGCGCCCGCGCAAGACUUCGAGGCCGGCUCCUUCGAGCGAACUUGGAACAGAUAUCACACCACGGCCUUCUACAGCAAGGAGGGGGAGGCGGAGGCGUCAGGCACUAGCACCGGAUGAACUGCUGGAACUUGCCGAUGAAGUUGGGGACAUCAAUCUUGACACAACGCAGCUGCCACCCGUUACGAGCGAAGACGAGGUGGACCUCGUGAGGGCACCUUCGGAGUCGACGGAUGAUGGAUCUCUCAACGCGCCGGAUCCUGCGCCUGCUCCUCCUCCGGCCCCUGCUGUGCCAUCAUCCCCGUCACCCAACUUUGCGCCAGCUGUUGCUGAGCCCGAUUCAGACAUUUGGAUAGGAAGCGCUUCGAAUGAGGCCACUCAACGCGCUUCAGCCCGAACACGAAAAGAUGUGAUACCCGAGUCGUCGCCUCGCUUCCCGCUGACUACCUAUACAGAACCACAACUGGAUCGGUUUGAGACUUCUCAAGAGGGCUAUUACGGUGACUAUGGAUACGCAGAUGCGGGAGCAGCCGCCAGUGAUCGAUCUUCGAUUGAUGAGCCGCUUGAGGAUGAAGACCCCGCCGCAACUGCCGCUCCGGCUGGUUAUGACACUAUUGCGCAAGGCGAGGACUUCAGCAUGAUAUUCAUGGACUCAAUACCCUCCUUGCAAGCCGAGUUUAACAGCUCUGUGCAUCCGGUUGUGCACGAGGAGCUAGGCGAUGAGACCAAUCUCAUCAUCAACAACACCUUGGAAUCCCUCCGACAGGCUGAUCGUGACGAUCCCGAAGAAGAUAAUGAUGUGGUAGAUACUAUUGAGCCAGCUGAGCCACAGCCAGGGGAGGAAUUGGCAAUGGAGGAGCCGCUAGUUGAGAGGGAGCUGGUUGGCGAGGAGGUACCAGAGAGAAGCGCAACCCCAAUCCUUCAAUCGCCGUCGCCGAACAGGCCAAGCCCAAGAUGGUCACGCAGUCCUCGAAAGUCUACUAAUUCGUCACCGCUUCGGCAUCGGGUUUUGAAACAGAACGCAUUGCAAACUGCAGAGUCUCCUGCACAAACCAAGCAGACUGAUAAGCUUCUCUCAUCACCAUGGUCUGAUCGUCGACUGCGAAGUGCGGACCGUCUAGAGGAAGAGGUCUCUAAGUCAUAUGAGGAUUCCUUUUCUGAGAUCCCAGAAGCUGUGCUCACGGCUGCUACUCCGCGACGGCCACAAGCAAGUGUUUCCUACGACGAUUUGGAAGAUGAAAUAGAUCAAGUACGAAUGGUGGACGAGGAUGACGAUGCGGUAGCGCCUGAUGAAGACCAGCAACAAGUCGAUGAGCCUGUCAAAAUGACAGAAGCGGCUAUAGGGCAGGGAGAAGAACAUAUUCGAAGCUUCGAGCCUCCUCAGCAGAUCAUGGAACAGCAAGUAGACGAGUCGCAGGAAGUGGAUGAACCCGAAGGCGAAGGUGUCGAAGAAUUUGGAGAAGACGAUCAAACAGAAGAAAUCGGGGUUGAACUAGACCACGAUCAUGACGAAGAAGUGACAUCGAGGCAAGACAUGUUGCAAGAAAGUGAGAGCGAAGAAGAAGUGGGAGAGUACGAUCUAGUUCUGGAUGAGAAGUUAAAGUUACAUCCCGAGUCUGUGCCAGAGCAGGUUCAAGCCCUGCCUUUGAAAGCAAAUACGAAUGAACGGCGGGACGGAGAGUAUGAAUAUGACGAGGAUGAGCUGGAUGACGCUGAGCUAGCUGAACUGGAAACAGAGCAGGGGUCGGCAGUUAUGGAUCAGACGGCUGAUGCUGACGAGGACGAGGAACUAGACCGCACGGAAGACAUGGUUGCUUCAUCUCAGUUGGAUGAGGAGGAUCAAGAGGACGCUGAUGAAGAGAUGGCUGAUGAGGUAAAUGAAGAUGAAGACUAUGAAGUUGUGGACGAGCCUGCUUUGGUUGCCGCCGCAAUUGCCAGCGCGGCGCUUCAGUCUAGCCCUUCGCGCUUACCGACUCCUGAUGAUACGCCGCCACAGGCUGAGCUUCAGACAGCAGAUGAUGUUGCAGGAAAAUCAGCCCGGGGCUCACGGCCCCCGUCUAGUCUUCGAUCUUCGUCUAUAUCACCUGGCCAUUUCAGAGAGACUCUUCGCGCCACCGUUGAGCAACCCCAGGAAAUUGAAGACCUUGGGGAGGAAGAGGUUCCCGAAGUGGAAGAGGUGUCUGAAGAGGAAGAGAUGCCUGAAGAGGAAGAGAUGCCUGAAGAGGAAGAGAUGCCUGAAGAGGAAGAGGAUCAAGAAAUGGAAGAGGAUCAACAAAUGGAGGAUGAGGUGCCUGUGUACGAGAAAAACCCAGAGGGCGAACUCUUCGUCCCAGAGGCUCAACAAGAGCCAUCACUGGAUGAAAGUACUCGACGUUCCGUGGAUGCGACUCCUCCGCAGCAAAUCUCGUCACCGGUUCAAGAGCCUGCAUCACUGCAGCACGAGACUUCGUCGGACAAAAUGGUACGGCCCCAUCUCUCUACAAUUAUACGAGCGGGGCGGGUACUCCAGAGCAUCACCUCAGAUCCCCCAUCUCCUGAAGGGCGUGAGAAGCAACUCGGAAGCCCAUUCAGGAGUUCUGGCAGUAAGGAUUCGUGGAGUGGUUCAAGAGACAGUCAGACGAGUCGUCGAAUGAGUGGAAGUCCCUUGCAGGGCCGUAGCGCGGUCCCAACUAGAAUCGAAAUAGACAACCAAGCACAACAGGAGACUUCUGAUUCUGCAUUGAGAAGCGCAAGAUAUCCUAGUUUUCUAAGUCCGGUUCGACGCAGCAAAGAACCAUCCGUGGAACGGAACAGAUCAGAUGGGUCGCCAUCGAGACAUUCAUCGGCAAGCUCGAUGCGUAUUACACCCCCAAGCGAUGGGGUUAUGAGCUGGGUUGAGAGAGAGGGGCCGAUUAGCCCAAGUUUGCGGGGAGAUAAUUCUCUGCGAGAGGCUGCUAGAUUGCCAGAAUUGAGCGCCAAGAUCGAGGAACCUCGUUCCGCUGGGCAGGUUGAUGCUCCUCUGGUUCAAGCUACCGUGGCUGAGCCGCCUCGAGAAUCCACGCCAGUGGUCGAGGAGCCAGAGGCAGAGCAGGAUGCGUCAGAUGAUGAGACUGAUAUUUGGGAACUGGAGGCACAGCGAGAAACGCCUCGCUCUGUUAGGCAACGGCCCUUUGGCAAGCGUGUUCCAACAAGCAGCAAUCGCCGGGGAGCUAUUCCAAGUCCUUGGACGAAGAGGAGUGUUCAUCGACCAGCAAUCUCAAGGAUGAUUUCACAGGCAGUGCCAGAUCUAUCUCAUCUCACAGAGGAGCCGAGUGCCAUCCCUGAUCAACCUCCCCAGUCCAGCUCUCCAGAUGAAUACUCUCGUCUUGCUCAAAGCCAGAAGGAAGAGGCUGAAGCCAAGAGAGCGGCCAACGCUUCCGAAUCAGCCGCCAAGGCUAGCAAGUUCGAUCUUUCUUCGUUUUUCUCGUCUCCAGCAGCAAUCCCGGGCAUGCUGGCUCAAAAGCUCAUGCCAGCAAGAACGCAAUCGACGGUUCAACCAGCAAAUCCUCCCAUGUCGAUGGCCGGACAGGCUCCUCCUGUUGUCCCCACAAGCUCCAUGUUUCCGCAAAUUCCUCAAAAGGAUUUCCGGCCCGGCAGUAGCAACAGAAGCAGUAUAUUCUCGCCAGCGCGGCGCAAACAGCCGUCGUCCCCGCUUGAACUGCAGGAAGAAUCUCCUGAGCAGCAGCAGCAGCAGCAGCAGCCGAAGGCCGACGCUGAAAGGCCAUCCUCUCCUACGACGCCAGAGCAAGUCCCAAUGCCCACCAUCGCCCAGAAGCAAAACUUUACCCCUCGACCGGGACAAGCAAGCAACUCGUUCUUCCAUUCCUCUUCCAAUUCCACUGCGGCCGUCACCCCUCCCAGGAUGCAGCUCUCCCACGCAGACAUCCACAGAUGGACACAACAAACGUCCAACGCAAGUGAAGCCUCUUCCGACUUCCAGCGCCCUCUUCUCCGUCCCUUGCCACCCAAGAACGCGUCUCCGACAAAGUCCAGUCUCCGGUCUCCCCUCAAGCCCCGUACACCGGGCCGUGUGGUCGAAUUCACCAGCUCCGUCCUCUCACCAGCCGAGCAAGCGAAAGCCCGCCUGGAUAACCGCUCAGCACAAUCCAACUCCAUCCUCUCCCAGGACUUCUUUGCUCCUCCACCCCCUCAGUCCAUUGUCCAAGUCGACAAGGAAAACGCCUCCAUGGACGAUAUCUCCAUGGACGACGCACCGCCUCUCACCAAGCCUCCUCCCCCUGAACCCUUGUCCCAAACAACCUGGUCCCGCCGGCACUGGCUCCUGCUGGACCAACUGUUGCAGUAUCGUCGGUCAUCGCCAUUUCCUGUAAAUUACACCCGUGGAGCGGACAACUAUCUCGGGAAAACGGUUAAGAGCCACGGCGAGGCGAUGACCCUCGACAGGUGGCAUUUAGAUGUCGUGGAUGCGUUCAAGGCAGAGGUGGGGGGUUGGGACGCAGACAUCUUGGCCAAGAGACUGUUUGCACUUAUUCUAGGCGAGGCGAGACGCAUGGAAGCAAGAGACCGGAGAGUCAUGUUUCACUAA